AUGUCUCCGUCAGUUCGGGCGUUGGAACGCGAAGAGUUGGUUUCGGACAAUUUUGUUGUCGGGCAGAAAUCUAGGAGUUUGGAUGAGGGCCCAUCGAGACCCGGCACAUCCGCCGCAAAUGACUUCGUGGACGACAUUCUGAAGAAUCUCCCGAAAUUCGACGCGCGAAUCGACCCGGCGCAGUUGGGAGAUCUCACAAAAGGAGGCGUUCACCUCGCAAACAUCACACUUACCGGCAUCAGUGACGCGUACAGAUACGACAACGCUCACUUGAACAUCACCGAGGACUCGCUCCAUAUUAUCACGAAGUUAGGUUCACCGAAGCUCGCUUUCCGUGGCCGCUACCGCUACAAGCUACCGUGGCUUCUUCCAAACGUCAACGGUGACUUCCGUUUGGCACUCAACAGGAUUGUGAUAUUAUUCGAUAUCGGACUGACGCCCGACGGAGCUCGACUUAAUCAACUCGAGGUCGCAAAUCUCCAUUCGAUCAGAUUUGACGAGCUGAGCGGGUUAUCUCCCUUCAACUGGGCUCUACGCUAUCUACUGGAAGCGGUGUUCCGUCUCAACAAGAAGCCACUCAUUCACACUCUGCAGGAGCAGAGUCGCACUUAUCUUCUGAAAGCGAUGGAUUCUACCACGGGAGCCGCCGAUGCCAUUAAUGAGAUUGAGAAGGAAAUGAUCGAUGCAAACAGAGCUGAAGACUACCCAGUCAACGACCUCUCAUGAAGAUGGCACGAACAAAACGAAUCAAGCCACUUUUCGAUCGAUUCAUUUCCGAAUUUCACACAUUCACCCAGUGUGUCGUCUCCUUCAAUUGUCGCCAUCUCGGAAGCCAUCACCUGGAGAACAAUCAGAUCGGCUCCGGGUCGAUCGGGCUCGGCGCUCCAACUCGUCCCUCGGUGAUUCGAUUUCGUGAUUGGACGAUUCUCUCGAUUGAAACGGUCGGAAGCGAGAAACUGAGCCUCGGGCU